AUGUCCACAGUCUGUUACUAUAUACAGGACAGAGGGACGAGCUACCGGGGCCUUGCAAACCGGGACAACUCCUGUCAGUUGUGGACAUCUCAGUACCCCCACCCCCAUAAACACACUCCCCAGGCCUACCCACGGGCAGGGCUGGAGCGGAACUACUGCCGGAACCCGGACGGGAAGGACAGGCCGUGGUGCUACUUAAACAACCCGCUCAUCAGGUGGAUGUACUGCGAGGAGGUCUUCGCCUGUGAUGCUCCACCGACGCGAUGCUUCUACGCAGUGGAUAAGGGAAGGAGUUAUGCAGGGCAGACUAACAGGUGAUACUAGCUGGGCAUUUUAGGAACCUCCAAACCUUCGACAUAAAGACUUUGACACCACAAAUGCACAAAACAUCCGACACUAGCUAGGCAACACUUUCGAGAAACUGCAGUAUGUUUCCCUUUCAGUAAAAUGCUUUUUGUAUGGAACAGAAUGCAGAUUUUAUCAUCACAAACCUGUUCAUAAUUGCCUGAACAGCUAAUAUU